AUGUUGAUUCACCCUGCACGAGGUCCAAAUAGAGGCAGUACGCUAACGGGUCGCAGUGUACAUAACCAGAGGACAGAACAUCUCUGGCUUGAAGUAAAGAAAAUCAUUGUUAGCUACUACCGCAAUCUGUUUUACUUUCUAGAACAAAAUCUGUUUCUUGAUCCUCUCGAUGAAUGUCACUUGUUUUCCCUUCAUUGUAUUCAUGUACCACAUUUAAACAAAGAAUUGAAUGAAAUGUCAGGUAGCCAGAAUUAUCAUCCAUUAAAUACCCAAGGGAACAGAUCACCAAGGCAUUUGUGGCAUUUUGGAUUACAUGCUUCAGAAAACUCUGACUAUCUAGCUGUAGAAAGUGUUUUUGAUGAACAACAGAUGAAUGAAUUUGGAACUGGUGGUGGUCCUCCAGUUGACUACAACACUGAUAAUGAUGUUCAAAUACCAGAAGUGUCUCUUUCACUGUCUGAACAGGAGCAAUAA